AUGCCAUCUUUGAAUACCCUCAAACUGGGGGCUGUCCUCGGCCUUGUGGCCAUUGCCCCCGCAAUUGAGGCAUCUGACAGCUCAUCUUGCCGAUGUUUCCCCGGGGAUGAUUGUUGGCCAUCGGUUUCGACCUGGGAUGCUUUCAACCAGUCAGUCGACGGACGUCUUGUGGCUACUGUGCCCCUCGCAGCUCCGUGCCACGCUCCUAACUACGAUGAAGAGAAAUGUGAAGUUUUGAAAGAUGGCUGGCUUUUGCCAGAGGAGCAUUAUCAAUCCUCCUCGUCUCUGAUGGCUCCGUUCUUCACAAAUGACACAUGCGACCCAUACCACCCUGUUUCCAAGCCUUGCACCCUUGGUAAUUUCGUCCGAUAUGCAGUUAAUGUCUCUACGCCGGCCCAUGUCGCCAAGACAUUGCAAUUUGCCAAUGAGCACAAUAUCCGUUUCGUUAUCCGUAACACCGGCCAUGACUACAACGGAAAGUCCACCGGUGCAGGGGCUCUGUCAGUCUGGACACACCACCUGAAGGACAUCGAAAUCAAGGAUUGGGCCGAUGACUGGUAUGUAGGAAAGGCUGUCAAGCUUGGUGCUGGUGUCCAAGGAAUCGAGGCCUACGAGGCAGCGCAGGCACAGGGGCUUCGGGUGGUCGGUGGAGAGUGCCCGUCGGUCGGUAUUGCCGGCGGAUAUAGCCAAGGCGGCGGUCACUCUUCCCUGUCUUCGAAGUAUGGACUUGGUGCGGACCAGGUCCUUGAGUGGGAGGUCAUAGAUGGUACUGGCAGGUUGCUCGUCGCGAACCGUCAACAGAACACUGAUCUUUACUGGGCACUGGCUGGUGGUGGCGGUGGGACCUAUGGUGUUGUCUGGUCUAUGACCUCUAAGGCUCAUGCCGAUGGUCAGGUAUCUGGCUUGAAUCUUACGUUCACAACCACUGACAUUUCUGACGACACUUUCUUCAAAGCCGUGGAGCUCUACAAUUCUUAUUUACCUUCUUUCGUGGAUGAGGGUAUCAUGAGUCUGAACUUCCUUACCAACACCUCCUUCUCUCUCUCUCCUAUGACUGCACCUGGUCUUUCCCUGGAGAAGCUUAAGAGCCUUGUUCAACCAUUUCUCAGUGGACUGGACAAGCUUGGCAUCACAUAUGAAUAUCAUGCGGAAAGCUUUCCCACCUACCUUGACCAAUUCAAUGCCCAGGUGCCGCUCGUUGAAAUUGCAGUCUCCCAGUAUGGCAGCUGGCUUCUCCCCCGGUCCCUCGUCGAGGAAAACAGCACUAGACACGACGUGACCGAGGCCUUUAAGACCAUCCUCUCCACGGGUGCUACCUUCACCACCGUGGCUGUUAAUGUGUCAAAGGAAGUCACUGGUGACGUCUACAACGCUGUGAACCCGGCAUGGCGCAAUGCAAUUGCCCACGUACUUCUGUAUACCGACUGGGAAUUUAACCAGCCAGAGGAAAUGCUCGCUCAGCAGAAAUUGAUGACCGAGGUGUUGGUUCCUAGCAUCAGCAAGUUGGCCCCCGAGUCUGGCGCUUAUCUUAACGAGGCCGACUUCCGCCAGCCCGACUUCAAGACUGCAUUCUAUGGCAAGAAUUACGACACACUCCGCGAAAUUAAGGCCAAGUACGACCCUGACUCUCUCUUCUACGGGCUGACUGCCGUUGGCUCUGAUGAGUGGACCGUCUCGGAAAGUGGGAGAAUGUGCCGUGCAGCUACUUCCAGUGCUUAA